AUGUCCGUCGACGCCCAAGCAACCCCCCUCCAGCUCACCCCGGCUCUUCUCGGUGGCUUCCAGCCUGAGAGGAUCCUCUCCGAGUCCACCUUCACCGGCUCGACCUUCAUCCUCGGUCGACUCGAGGGCGAGGAUGCAAUCGUCCACCUUCAGAAGUCCCUUGUGGCUGGUAAGGAUGCGGAAGAGGUGGUCAAACGCCUCGAGGAUGUCAAGCUUCUCUUGGAGAACACUCCUUAUUACUCUGCACACGCAUGGGUCAAGCCGGACAUUACUCACCCCGACUACAACCUCAAGCUCAUCUGCCCCGCGACUGCGGAUCAUAUCAAAAAGUACUCUAUCCAGGAGCGCUAUGUGGUCAGGGAGACUGCUGAGGUCUACGAGACCGUCGUCAAGCCCUUCAUUGACGCCAUGCCGGUCUCAAAGAUUCAAUGGGUUUAUGAGAUCCUCGAGGGCAGGAAAGAAGUCGACAGAGUUUUGGUCAACAAGUCCGGCCCCGAUGGCUUCGUAGUCCUUCCCGACCUCAAAUGGGACGAGACUACACAGAACGCCCUUUACUUGGUGGUCAUUACCCAAGACCGAGCCAUCAAGUCUCUGAGGGACCUCCGCCCCUCCCACUUGCCGCUCCUUCAAGACAUCCAGAAGGAAGCUUGGCGUGUGGCCGAGGAAAAGCAUGGCGUAGACAAGGGAAAGUUGAGACUCUUUGUCCACUACCAUCCAACCUACUACCACUUCCAUGUCCACGUCGUCCAUAUCAGCCAUGACAACCUCGGUUCCCAGGUAGCCGGACAAGCCCAUUUGCUCGAGGACCUCAUCUCCCUCCUCGAGCUCUCUCCUGCCGACGGCCCCUCUCUUCUCGCCCAAAAGAGUUUUACCUACACUCUUGGUGCUGAACACAAGCUUUUCCCCGUCGUCCACGCCGCUGGAGCCGUCCUGGGCAACCCCGAGCUGCCCACCGUCACCAAGCCCGAGCCCAACGCUGCUGUCGUUGCCCCCAUCAACCCGUCUCUCCCUACGCCUAGCGCUGAGACGGUGCCCGAGGCCGUCCUCGCCGACGAGACCGCCACCCGCGAGGUCAAGCGCCAGCGCACCGAGUAA